UGUGGUGAAUAUGUGAUAUCAGCUGAUGAUAGAUGAGCUGUGAUCUCACUCUGUUUACUUCAUGUUAUGUUAUUAUUUAUGUUAUGUCUCUCUCUCAGGUGCACACGUUUUCCAGAACAUAUACGGCUGUGAGUGGGACGUUGAGACCGGAGAGGUUAAAGGUUAUGAUCAGUUUGGUUAUGAUGGAGAAGAUUUCAUUUCACUUGACAUGAAGACAGAGACAUGGAUCGCUCCAACACCACAAGCUUUCAUCACCAAAAACAAGUGGGAUAAUAACAGAGCUUUGACAACACAGAGAAAAAACUACCUGACCCAGAUUUGCCCUGAGUGGUUGAAGAAGUAUGUGGACUAUGGGAGGAGCUCUCUGCUGAGAAAAGAGCUUCCCUCAGUGUCUCUCCUCCAGAAGACUCCCUCCUCUCCAGUCAGCUGCCACGCUACAGGUUUCUACCCUGACAGAGUCACGAUGUUCUGGAGGAAAGAUGGAGAGGAGCUUCAUGAGGACGUGGACCUCGGAGAGAUCCUCCCCAACAACGAUGGAUCCUUCCAGAUGAGUGUUGACCUGAAACCUCCAUCUGGAGACUGGGAGAAGUACGAAUGUGUGUUUCAGCUCUCUGGUGUGAAGAACGACAUCGUCACCAAACUGGACAAAGCGAAGAUCAGAACCAACGAAGGUAAGACUGGAAUCAAUUGUGAUGGAGACACAAAUACAUUUUGUUCUGUUGUCAGUUAUUGAUUUGUGCUGAAUACA